UUAGAAGAUCUCACAGGGUGGCAGGGUCACCAUAAGCCAGAGCGUCCCAUGGGGAAGGUUCUUCCAUCCUUGUGGUGCUCGAAUCUUCCGGCCUCCCUAUGCGUAACUUUUCGCGAGGCGUUUUCUACCCGCGGUCAGCCGUUUUUUGAACUGCUCAAUUUGCGCUAGCGCGGUAGAAUUGCUCUCAGGUGACACCUUGGCUCUUUCUAAAGGGAAGGUUUUUCCUUCACUCUAUUUUUCACUCUCGUCAGACCACCACCUACCUGCCACUCACCUCGCCAUGGAGGCUCUGCAUUCAUUUCUCGACUCGAUGCCGUUCGUCAGCGAGCUCUCGCUUCCCCUGCAGCUCCUUGUUCUGGCUUCAGGCUUGACGCUUGCAUCCGUGACCCUUAAUGUCCUCGCCCAGCUCUGCUUACCUGCGAGCCCCUCGUCGCCACCCCUCGUCUUCCACUGGUUUCCGAUUCUUGGCUCAGCCGUCUCAUAUGGUACGGAUCCCUACAAGUUCUUCGAGACGAACCGAGCAAAGCACGGAGAUGUUUUCACUUUUGUGCUUCUCGGUCGCAAGAUGACCGUCGCAUUGGGCGCCAAGGGUUCCAAUCUCGUCUUUAAUGGAAAGCUUAGCCAAGUGUCGGCUGAGGCGGCCUAUCACCACCUCGUGACGCCCGUGUUCGGAAAGGAGGUCGUCUACGAUGUCCCAAAUGCCGUCUUCAUGGAGCAAAAGCGAAUGGUCAAGUCUGGCGUGUCCAACGAAAACCUGCGAGUUUAUCUCGGCCUCAUCGUUGACGAGGUACAGCAAUUUCUUAGCCACGACGCUCGCUUUGAAGCAUUCCAGAGCAGGAAACCCGGGAAAUCGGGCGCUGUGCCGAUCUUUGUCGCCAUGUCGGAGCUCAUCAUCUUGACGGCCAGCCGAACCUUGCAAGGCCCCGAAGUUCGCCAGGGCCUCGACAAGAGCUUUGCCGAUCUCUACCACGAUCUCGACGCUGGCUUUACGCCCAUCAAUUUUGUCUUUCCUUACCUGCCCCUCCCGGCCAACCUCCGCCGUGAUCGGGCGCAGAAGCAGAUGAGCGACUUUUACCGAUCUAUCGUUGAAAAGAGGAGGACGCAUCCGCGGGACGACAUGGAUCCGGACAUGAUCUCUGCUUUGAUGGGACAGAAGUACAAGAACGGAAGGAGCUUGUCAGACCUCGAGAUUGCCCACAUCAUGAUCGCCAUUCUCAUGGCUGGCCAGCACACCAGCAGCGCUACGUCUUCCUGGGCUCUUCUCCGCCUUGGCAGCAAGCCUGAAUUGAUUGAGGAGCUGUACCAGGAGCAAGUCAAGGCAUACGGAGAUGGCCAAGGCGGUUUCAUGCCCCAAGAUUUCGACACACAGAGGUCGUCUGUGCCUCUACUCGACGCCGUCGUUCGCGAGACGCUUAGGCUGCACCCCCCCAUCCACAGCAUCAUGCGCAAAGUCAUGUCGCCCAUCACCGUGCCUGCAACAAUGUCUUCAUCUGCUUCUUCAAGUCGAAAGGGAGACCGAGAGACGCUUGUGAUACCUGAGGGUCAUUACGUCAUGGCCGCGCCGGGAGUCAGCCAACGCGAUCCCAAAAUUUGGGCCCAACACGAUGACUUUGAUCCGCAUCGCUGGCUCAGCGAAAAGGGUCCCACACUUCAAGCUGAAGCGGGUGAUGGAGACGACACCGUCGACUACGGGUGGGGUGCCGUCAGCUCUGGAUCUAAUUCGGCCUACCUGCCGUUUGGUGCCGGAAGGCACCGCUGCAUCGGAGAAAGCUUCGCCUACAUCCAGCUGGGCGCUAUUAUCGCUGAAUUUGUCAGGCGAUUCGACUGGAGACUUCCAGGCGGCAAGGUACCAGAGCCCGACUACAACUCGAUGAUUGUUCUGCCGGCCCCCCCAGCUCACGUCAUCUUCACUGAGAGGGCGGAAAGGAUCCCUUGAUGGAAAGUUGCAGACACCACGCAUAGUUGGACUCUCACAUUGUGAAGAAAUCGCAAGCGAAGGACACUUACCGGUAACUCACUUCUACAAUGAUAGACUUCAAGCGAGAGAUAAAGUAUGAUGCUUGUCAUGUGUGUCUGUACAGCGUGCUCAGUUAAUGAACAGUCACACGUCAUCGUCAUCGUCCUGGAGGGAGGAAGGACCGCCUGGAAAGGAGCCCGGAAAAUGACCCCGAGCUGCGCGAUGCAUGUAAACUCCCUCUUCUCCUUCGUCCUCUUCUUCCUCUUCUUCGUCAUCAAGCUCGAGACUCCCUGCUUCCGCUCCCUGCAAUGCGUCGGG